AUGAAGCUACUGCUUCCGGGAGCGACUCGGGGCCUCCCGGUCCCGCUUCUCCUGCUGCUUGACAUGGCCACAGCCGCCCUACAGCCGAUGGUGAUCCGGAAGAUGAGCCCAGACGAGAGCGAGAAAUUCUUCCCGCACUACGUCGCAUUCCCCGAGGAGCAGCUGCCCGCCGUAUCCGCUUUUCAGAAGCGACACCAACCCGAACCGGCAUUCAGCCCGAGCUUCCCCAUCCACGUCGACGACCCGGGAUCCCCAUCCCAGGACGAAACGCUCUACCGCCGGGCGGCAGCGGCGCUUGCCCGCCUGCAGCGCCGGCAAUGGGGCUGCCCAGCGGGGACGGCGAGCUGCUCGAACAUUGGGCAUCCGGACCGCUGCUGCCGCCAGACCGAGACGUGCUAUAAGAUUGACGACACGGGGCUGGGCUCGGUGGGUUGCUGCGCCAACGGGAGCACGUGUGGCGGGACCAUAAGCAACUGUGCCCCCGGCGACACGGCUUGCCCGGCGUCCCUGGGUGGCGGGUGCUGUAUAGCGGGGUUUGUGUGCCAGGGUGUUGGGUGUGUGCGUACGGACUAUACUUCCCGAACGCGAGCCUCAACCGUCACUGUAAGCACGUCAACUGCCGGAAACGAUGGUGGUGGGGGCGGAGGGGAUGGAGGUGGUGGUGGUGGCGGCGGUAUCCUGACUUCAACCAUUGUCACCACCGUUGUUAUCACACCACCAAACGGAGGAUCACCAACGACAGUAACUUCAACCUUCAUCGGCGGCGGCGGCUCUCCAACAUCCACGACCGCACCCCCACCCGACACCGACAGCGGCACUCCUGUUCCACCGCCGCCAACAUCGACCGGCGAUGGUACCGGCAACGCGCCUGUGCGGCCGACCGUGACCAACUCGGACGGCUUCCCCUCUGACUAUUGUCCGACGGGUUUUUACCCGUGCGUCGCCCGUGCCGGCGGCGGCUGCUGCCAGACCGGACGAGACUGUCAGACGACCAACUGCCCCGCACCUCCGCUAUCCACGACCAUCAUAUCCAACGGCGUUACCGUGGCCGUCCCGCUGCCCACUCCCAACCGCGGAAGCGAAGACAGUAAGACGUGCGCCGGCGGCUGGUACAUGUGCCCAGACAGCGCGGGCCCUGUAGCCGGGUGCUGUCCGUCGGGAUAUAACUGCGGGACCGCCAGCUGCACAUCUGCCAUGGAGGGUGCCACGGCCACGCUGCAAAAGGAGCUUCCUAGCUUGGCUGCAACUGAUAGGACCUCGGUUGCCAAGGUUUUUCCCACAUUGGGAAUGGUGCUGGUGUCUUUGGCAUUGCUAGCAUGUUGAUAUGUCUGACUCGGGCAUGAGCGAAAAUAAGUGGCUUCUUUGGCUUUUGACCAAUCCUGGCUUUACAAAAGGAGGUUUUUAAUCUUUUGCAGAGAUGGGACUGAAAUCAUGGCAUUUGGUGUUUGUUUCACAGCAUAUGGGAUGGAGUUAUUUUUUGCUCUAUAAAGAGAAUUGGGACGAAACCUUGACUGGUGUACAUACUACGAUUAUACUGCCCCUUUCGACCUGCAUACAAGCUUUUCCAGAAUGAUUCAG